GACAAGGAAUAUCCAGAAGGCAGCAAGGGAGUGGUGAGACCCGGCAGCUGGAAUCAGCUCCACCACCAGCUCUAUUCCUUUGCUCCCACUCCUCGCUGCAGGUUAUCUGGGGAUGUGCUACCCCUAAACCAGGCUGCUGGGUUCUUGGAGAGAGCUGCAGGCUGUCAGCAGAGUCAGGUGGAUGUCUUUGUUUCCUGGAUAGGAAAACUGGAAAAAUGUGAGCUGAAUACUCACACUUUUAUGUACAGUUAAAAUUGCCUGUUCCCAUCCCUGAGGUCCAGAGUCUUGGAGGUGACUGAUGGGAGUGUUUUCUGUGUGCCAGAGUGUGGCUGGCUGCAAACAGCCUUGAGGUGAAGAGAAAAGAGAGCUUUGAGUUAAAAGUAGCUCCUGCUUUUAGGAGUCCACAGGCCACUUGCUGUUGGUUUGAUCAGUGACCCAGAGCUCACCAGAGCUGUAAACAUCACAUCUGCCCCAAAGCGUGUCCCACCCUUGCAAAUUGCUCAUGCAAAUGUAAUCUGUGUUGGACUGAGUGGAAAAAUGCAUUAUUACCUCUCCAAAUAAAAGGAGUGCAAUUGCAUGCAAAGCUUACAGUUCUUUGGAUAGGUAUGGAGGAAUUAGAUAAUUUCUCUUCCACUCCAGGGGUUGAAAAAACCCUAAAUUGUGACUUUUUCAAGUCAAGGGGGGAGAGUAGAGAAUGGUGUUGGGUGGUCAGGUUUAGAUGAGAGUGUUUUGGACCAUCUGAGACAUUUUACACCCACUUCUUGUGUUGUCCAGUAGUUCACAGGGGCGAGAUAAGGGGUCUGAAAUAUCUAAAUAGACACUGAAAGGCAUGGGCAGGAUUAAGGGUUGAAGGUUUCCAGUGUGCUUGUGGAGCAGUGGGAAGAAAAGGGCUCCCAAAUAUUAAAAGAUACAAAAUACUCUGAAACAAGAAGCAUUAUGCCUCAUGGGAACACUGCCUUCAAGGGAUGCAUCAAACCCAAAUCCAAGCGGGCAUUAAGGAAAAACAAUCCAUGGCAAUGAAAUCCUGCCUCCCUUGUAGGCAGUCAGUUUUGUGUUGGACUUCAAGGGAGCCAGGAACUCGCCCCUAGAGGUUAUUAAACUCCUUUGUAAUAACAGCACUUCUCUCAAAACCCUUUACGCCAGGCGCUGGGGCUGGGAUAGCCAAAAAGCAGCCUGAAUAGAAAAAUAUGCUGCAGAUGGCAGAGAAAACACUCAGAAAUAUUCAUUCCCCCCAGCCCAAUUGCUCCCCAAAUGGGAAUAUUUAGGCAGAAAGCUGCAGCAGGGCAAAUCCAGAGCUGGGGAUCAGGUAGGAUACCCUUUUUCCAGGGUAAGAGGUCUCCCAGAGUGAAGCUGACUGCUCCAAGCAUUCCCAAUCCCUUCCCAAACGUCUUUGAGGGGGUGCUGUGGGGGGGUGAACAGUUACAGUUUGGGUUUGCCAGUGUGCUGUGCAAUGGGUUGUGAGACCCCAGAGAUGCAAUGUGGUGGGCAGGUUUUUCUGUUUAUUUUACUGUUGUCUUUCUCAUGGGAUGGGAAACCACUGCAAAGACCACAAAAAGCAGCCUGGAGCGGUGUCUGAAGUUUUUCAUCUCCAGGAACGAGCAUUACCCAAACUGAAGGAAAAUACACUGCGCAAAAUAUUAAGAAAACUCCUUUUUAAAAAACAAAUUUCUUUGGAGAAGCUGAUUUCCUUUGGCUAGCAGGAGAAAGCGGAGAAAAUGAAGCCAAGUCUGCGAUUUUUCUUAGCUGGUUUUCUGCUGUUGAUUCUGCAGACAGGGCUUUGCUAUGGGAUAAAAUGGAUAGCUCUGUCCAAGACUUCUUUGGCUUUGGCCCUUAAUCAAACCCAGCACUGCAAGCAGCUCGAAGGGCUGGUGGUUUCUCAGGUGCAGCUGUGCCGCAGCAACCUGGAGCUGAUGCAGACCAUUAUUCAGGCAGCGCGGGAGGUGAUAAAGACCUGCCGGAAAACCUUUUCAGACAUGAGGUGGAACUGCUCUUCAAUAGAGCUGGCUCCUAACUACCUGCUGGACCUAGACAGAGGCACAAGGGAGUCAGCAUUUGUAUAUGCCCUCUCUGCUGCUGCCAUCAGCCACACCAUUGCCAGAGCCUGCACCACCGGGGACCUCCCUGGCUGUUCCUGUGGUCCCAUCCCAGGUGAGACACCUGGACCUGGGUAUCGAUGGGGAGGAUGUGCAGACAACCUCAACUAUGGUCUUAUCAUGGGGUCCAAAUUUUCAGAUGCUCCCAUGAAGAUGAAAAAAUCAGGAUCACAAGCCAAUAAACUGAUGCAUCUGCACAACAGUGAAGUAGGGAGACAGGUCUUGAAAGCCUCUCUUGAAAUGAAAUGCAAGUGCCAUGGAGUUUCUGGGUCAUGCUCUAUCAAGACCUGUUGGAAAGGCCUUCAAGAGCUGCGAGACAUUGCACUGGACCUCAAAACCAAAUAUUUAUCUGCCACCAAGGUUGUUCACCGGCCCAUGGGCACACGCAAAUACCUGGUGCCAAAGGAUAUUGAUAUCAGGCCAGUCAAAGAGACUGAGCUGAUUUACCUGCAGAGCUCACCUGAUUUCUGCAUGAAGAAUGAAAAAGUGGGGUCACAUGGGACCCAGGACAGGAGUGCAUGGAGGGAAAGAGAGAAUCCCAGGUCCCAGUACAGCAGGCAGUGCAACAAGACUUCCAACGGGAGUGACAGCUGCGACCUGAUGUGCUGUGGCAGAGGCUACAACCCCUACAUGGACAAGGUGGUGGAGCGUUGCCACUGCAAAUAUCACUGGUGCUGCUACGUGACCUGUAAGAAGUGCGAGAGGACUGUCGAGAGAUAUGUGUGCAAAUGAAACCUCUCCUCUGCACACCUGGGAGCUCAGACUGCAGCAGCAGCACCCCAGCACUAUUCAGAGAAGACAUUUCCUUGACCAGACAUCGUUUAUCUUGUAAAGACACAGACUUGAGGAGAGAUGGUAGGAGGAAAAGCAGCAAUCUCACCAGUAAAAAUAAGAACAUAAAAAAACCUCCCAAAAAGCAACAGACCCACAAAUGUUUCUCCUCACCAAUAAAAUGCUCUCUGAGAAGACAAAGCUUCAUUUGGGAUGGUAUCUUCUUCCAAAAUAUUUCCUGUGGCUGCCAAUGAUGUCCAGCAAUCAAGUGCCUUAGUAUUCUGAGAAAUAAAUAUGGAAACUUUCCCUGGGGGGAAAAAAAAGCACCAUUUGUUUGACAGUAACUAAGGCUCACACCAGCCUGUGCCUUCUAGCACAGGUACUGAAUCUCCAUUAGGACCAUUCCACAAGGGAAAAUGCUACAACUUUUCAGCAACACCUGCCUUUGCUGCCAAAGACUUAAUUUUCAGCGAGGAAUCAUCCAUUCUGAAAGAUAAAAAAGUGGAAAGAUUUCAGGUCUAUCCCCUGAAAUGAGCAACUAAUUCUAAUCUUUCUUUUACACAGGUCUGCGACUUUGAGCUGAUUGCUGAAGGAAAAUAUAUCCUUAAUUUGUCCAGUCUGGACAAAUGAAAAAAAUCCCCUGGAAUCCUGGAGGCAGUGGGAGUAGGGUAGGCUGAGAAGGACUUUAUGGGGUCCACAAGACAGCAGUGGAGUCUUUAGGAAAAAAUAACAAAGCGAAAUCCAAGUCUAGUGGGAAAGUAAAGAAAAGCAGCAAGCUCCUGCUCUCUAUCUCUUUGGCCCUUGGGUGUGAUACCCUUAGUCACUGACAUUCUUCCACACUGACCCACCAAAUCCUUGGGGAAAUGUGCCACUGGCUUCUUCCCCCACAAAACUAUUGGUCCAACCUCAGGAAACUGCAGAGAGUGGAGUGAUCUGGCUAUAGGGAGCACAUCCAUGGAAGUUAGCAUCCAUGGAAGUCAGCAUCCACGGAAGUCAGCAGCUACUCACAGCAGGAAGGAAUGGGAACAUGUCAGUCUUUCACGUGGCUCUGCCCUCACACAGCAGAGCACCACUAUCUGUGGCUGUACAUAUUUUCUUUUGUAUGCAGAUAUACAGAAAUAUUUAUAUCUUGUGCUUUCAUCUACUUUACUUCCUACCUAAAUAUAUCCUCAUAUUAUAAACAAGCAUUAACAAUAGUAUGAAAUAAAUGCUGAAGUUACUGCUGCAACAGCAGAAUGUUAGAUUAUUGUUUCACACUUCUACUUGGAAAACAAUUCUGAUUUUCCUCCCAAGGAUGGGACAAUAACAUGGUUUGAGGCACUCACUGGUAUAGGGAUAGAUAAGUUUCUUUAUUCCCUGCCUCCCCAGCCUCUUAAUGUUGAGCAGAAUUAGCCAAGACACAGUCAAGACAAUGAAACAGAACACUUGGAGAAAGGAAGAGUCACCAUUGCUGUUUCAUUUUUCUAUCAGUGAUCACUCUCAUUGCUAAAAUUUCCCAGCAAUCACUCAAACUGGUAAAAUUAAGCCCCUGAGGAACUUAAUAACAAACAUGACUCACACCUCUCAUGUCAUGGGUAGUUGGCUUCUGGCUCCUGCACAUGGAGAGGAGCUGCUGUGCAGGGGAGUUUUUAAAAUAGCCUAAGAUCUCUUAUUUGCUUUUUUGUUUGUUAUUGUUUGUUGUUUCAUUUGGGGUUUUUUGGGGGGGUUUGGGUUUUUGUUGUUGUUUGUUUGUUUUGUUUGUUUGUUUGGGGUCUUGGGGGGGAUUUUUUGUUUUGGUUUAUUUUUAGUGGUCAUCCAGCCCUGUGUACUGAUUAUGAAAAGUGACUUUGGAGAAGGAUGCUGUUCCAGGAACAGAAGGCAGCAGAGCUUCUGAUGUCUUUCAGAUCAUUCUUGAGCUCCCCAGCCCCAUGCAAAAUGCUGUAAACAGCCAAAAAAUCACUCCUACACAAAUGUAGAGGGACUCUGUCACUUUCACUAGGGGAAAAUAUGUCAGUAACACCACAACCUUUCUCCAAAUCUUUUUUUCCCCACUUAGCCAAUCCCUAGGGGGCAACUGCCUCUGACAUGUCUGUGAGCAGCCCUGGGGAAUUGGAAGAGAGAAGCAUCAUGUGCUAUAAUAGCAACAUUAGAGGCAUUUUGUUCUCUUCAGCUAUUCUGCUUUGCUGUAAUGGGUUUGGUCUUGUUGCCUCCUUCCAUCCCCCAGUUAUGAGCAGGCAAAAAAAAGAGCUUUCAUAGUUUAACAGUGGUUUGUGUUAUUGUCACCUCAUAAAAGCUGAGGGACUAAAACAUCUCUGCAGUGCAGUGAUGAGUGGUGGGUGUCUUUAGGCUGACAUGCAGACAGGCUGGUGGCACAAAUCCCACUGCUCUCCAAUGCCAGAAUUUGGCUUCAUUUGAUAUGUAAAGAAACCAUCCACUCUCAUUCUUUUAAGGAAUUUUAUUUUUAUUUCCAGUUUCUGAUGGUGCCAACAAGGCACAGAUGUUCUGACUGAAGAAAAAUUUGAGCAUUUCAAUGCUAUUCUGUAAUGAUUCUUUUUCUUGCUCCCUUGCUGAUGUCAUGAGUCUUUCUGCUUGGUGAAAAACUAGUAAAAAGGAAGAAAUUGUCUGUGCAUA